AUGGGUGCGACUGGUCUAACUAUUCAAACUGCGAAUGGUCUUCUCGGGAUGCCAACCAGUGUUUGUUGUGUUGUUGUUGAGUACCUUGCUGGGGGCACACUAAAAACAUACCUUAUAAAGAACAGGAGAAGAAAGCUAGCCUUCAAAGUUGUUGUCCAGCUGGCUCUUGAUCUUGCAAGAGGGUUGUGUUAUCUUCACUUGAAGAAAAUUGUGCAUCGAGAUGUGAAAACAGAGAAUAUGCUUCUGAAUAAAACAAGAACCGUAAAAAUUGCUGAUUUUGGUGUUGCUCGCGUUGAGGCGCAAAAUCCCAACGACAUGACUGGGGAGACAGGAACUCUUGGUUAUAUGGCACCAGAGGUUACAACUCCCAACAACAUCUAUGGUUGGUGGUUAGACACAGGUGCACCCUGUCAUGUCUGCUCCAACAUAGAUUUGUUCUCUUCUUAUGUUGCUGCCAAAGAGAACCAUUAUAGACUGGGACAUGUAAAUUAUAGAAAAUUAUCUAGCAUGGAGAAGUUAGGAUCACUUUUAAAAUAUGAGGGUAACAAACCUGAGAAGUGUGAAGUCUGCUCGCAAGUGAAACUGACAAGGAAGCCCUUUUCAAGUGUCACAAGGAGCACCAACCUACUGGAUCUGAUUCACUCAGAUGCUUGUGACUUCAAGAGCUUUGUCACUCGAGGUGGCAUGAAGUAUUUCAUCACCUUCAUUGAUGCCAUUCUCGCUUCUGCCACGUCUACCUACCAAAAUCUAAAGAUGAAGCCUUCAAAUAAGUUUAUCAAGGAUAAAGGUUUAUUGCUCAAAGAUAUACCAGAGAAUGCUGGUACGUUAGAUGCACCAGAGAUCAUUGAAGCUCGAUAUGCAGAAUACUUGCUCAAAGAUAUACCAGAGAAUGCCGGUACAUCAGAAGCACCAGAGGAGCUAGUUUCACAAAAAACUAAAAGUGUCAAUGAUGAAGGAAUUACCGAACUACCUUCCAAGCGUGUCAGGAGAUAG